CUUUUAUUUAUGACAUCGACCCAAUAAAAAAGGUUCUGAUCUGAAUGAAAAAAGUUUGAAGAGUCAAACAAACCUCUUAGAGUUCUCAGAAGAAGUAGAAGGAGAAGAAGAAUCGAAGAGGAUGAAGAAGAGAACGAUGUACGCAUGGGGAGCAGCGAUUAUAAUCUUCAUAGUUCUAAUGAUCGUCACUCCCACCAUCCCUCAAUCUCAGGCUUACCACGAUUUCGCCGAUCAACGCUCCUUCUUCGGGAUUCCAAAUGCUCUUAACGUGAUUUCAAACUUCCCUUUCCUUAUCAUCGGCCUUAUCGGUCUCGUCCUCUGCUUUUACCCUGAAGAUUUCUUCAGAUUUAGUUUGAGAGGUGAGAAAAUAGGAUGGACUUGCUUUUACGUUGGUGUUGCUGCUGUUGCUUUUGGAUCUUCUUACUAUCAUCUUCACCCUAACGAUGCUACUCUCCUCUGGGAUCGUCUUCCUAUGACUAUUGCCUUCACAUCAAUCAUGGCUAUAUUUGUAAUCGAGAGAAUUGAUGAGCAUAAGGGUACUUACUCCAUUGUUCCUUUGCUUCUCGCUGGCCUUAUUAGCAUUUUGUAUUGGAGGUUUUUCGAUGACCUUAGACCAUAUGCUUUAGUACAGUUUGUUCCUUGUAUUGUCAUUCCCUUGAUGGCUAUUCUGUUGCCUCCAAUGUAUACUCAUUCUACUUAUUGGCUCUGGGCUGCAGGAUUUUAUCUCAUAGCCAAGGUGGAAGAAGCUGCAGAUAAGCCUAUAUAUAGCUGGACUCAUCAUAUUAUUAGUGGCCAUUCUCUGAAGCAUUUGUGCGCCGCUAUGGUCCCUGUCUUCCUUACCCUCAUGCUUGCAAAAAGAACAGUUCAAACUGAGAGGAUUAGCUUGUAUACAACAUGGAAGGUAUCAUGGACGAGGAGUAAAGCGAAUGGCUCCGAGGAAGAAAGGUUUGAUUAUAGCUACUCCAACGUUGCAGUCGAAGAGACUCGAUAAUGUAAGACGUUUGAUAGUCGUGUUUAAGAUUAUUGGCUAACAGAAGUAGUUAUAGGUGGUAGUUGAUAAUCCAUCUGGGAACCAAUGUUACACUUACACCCGUUUGUAAUCUUAUCAAAUGCUACAUUCUACCAUACAUAUGUUGCCCCUUUGUUACCAAUCAGUUAUGUUUGUCA